AUGCGCUUUUCGCUCGUUAUCACAUUUGUUGCCGCUGUGGCUGACUCGGUUUCUGCCAUACGUGCUGCCAACGCAACGCUCGAUAGUUACGACUAUGUUAUUGUCGGCUCUGGUCCAGGAGGAGGACCGGUUGCUGCUAACCUUGCCAUUGCCGGCUACAAGGUUUUGUUGAUCGAUGCCGGAGGGGACUCAGGUGACUCUUGGACUGAGAAGGUUCCGGCACUUCAUCUCAUGUCAACUGAGUUCGAGGACACAAGAUGGAACUACUUUGUCAACCACUACUCCGAUCUCGAUCAGCAAAAAAGGGAUUCCAAGAUGACGUACGAGAUGCCGGAUGGCAGCUUCUACGUUGGACUGGACCCCCCGGCCGAGGCAACGCCUCUCGGUGUUUGGUACCCGCGUGCUGGAACUUUGGGCGGCUGCUCUCGCCACAACGCCCUCAUCUCCGUCAAUGCCCAUGACAGUGACUGGUCAAAGAUUGCGACUCUCACCGGCGAUGAUUCAUGGAGCCCGGACAACAUGCGAUCGUAUUUCGAAAAAUUGGAGAAGAACAUGUAUCUGCCAUCGAGCAUUGUCGGACAUGGCUACAGUGGCUGGCUUGGAACCUCCCUCACGUCUCUUUCUCUUGUCGUGGAGGACCAGAAGCUCCUUUCGCUGAUUAUCUCUGCUGCUUCGGCUAUGGGUAAGAGCCUUCUUGGACUGCUGCUCAACACUGUCGCCGGGCUUGGCCAGGUUUUGCUUCGUGACAUCAACGCUCCUGGCCAGACCAGCAAAACUGGACUUUACCAGGUUCCGCUGGCCAUGACUGACUCCAUUCGCGGUGGUCCUAGAGACUUGAUUUUGGAUACAGCCAACGCUGUCAACUCGGAUGGGUCACGCAAGUAUCACCUUGAUAUCAAACUUGAUACCCUCGUAACUAAAAUCCGCUUCGAUGAAAGCGGUGAUAAGCCUCGCGCUGUUGGAGUUGACUUUUUGGAGGGCUCCAGCCUCUACCGUGCCGAUCCUCGUUCCGGAUCCGCCUCUACUACGGGAUCUGGCAAUGUCAAUGCCAAACGAGAGGUGAUCAUCUCCGCUGGCGCUUUCAACACGCCCCAGCUCCUCAAGCUCAGUGGUAUUGGACCCAAAGCAGAACUUGAAUCUUUCAACAUCUCGGUUCUAAUUGAUCUCCCGGGUGUUGGAACCAACAUGCAAGAUCGGUACGAGGCUACAGUCAUUGGCAAGACCAACAGCGAUUUUGUCAUAACCAGCAAGUGCACGUUCCUUGAGACAUCCCCUGACCCUUGCCUCGAGCAAUAUCAGCAGGGUCUUGAGCCUAUCUCGAAGGGUGUCUACGCUACCAACGGCAUCGCCAUUGCCAUUGUGCUCAAGUCUUCCGUUGCCGAAGACGAGCCUGAUCUAUUCAUCUCUGGCGCACCAGCCAAGUUCAAGGGAUACUUCCCUGGUUAUGCUUCCGAUUCAUUGGCCGAUGCGCAGCACUGGGCCUGGAUUAUUCUCAAGGCCCACAGCCGCAACAAUGCUGGCACCGUCAACCUGAAAUCAACCGACCCUAGAGACAUGCCCCUCAUCAACUUCAACUAUUAUGACACCGGUGUCAACAGCGACGGAGAGGCCGACAAGGACCUACAAGCCACAUAUGAAGGCUUCCAAUUCACCCGUAGAGCCUUCGACGAUCUCAUUCCGCUUGAUGGAAGUUUCCCGGAGGUGUGGCCUGGUACCAACGUCACCAGUGAGGAUGACGCCAAACAGUUCCUGAAGGAUGAGGCAUGGGGACAUCAUGCUUCAUGCACUUGCCCCAUUGGAUCUGAUGAUGACUCCAUGGCGGUUCUCGACUCCAAGUUCAGGGUCCGCGGCACCGAGGGUCUGAGAGUUGUUGAUGCUAGUAUCUUCCCAAAGAUUCCCGGCUUCUACAUUGCUUUGCCUUUGUACAUAGUGUCGGAGAAGGCUAGCGAUGUCAUUAUACAGGAGGCUCAGGCGUCGACUGCUUGA